AUGCUCCGUUUGACCAGUGGAAUGGCAGACAAAGAGAGAGCAGGCACAGUUAAAAUUGCAUUAGGGCUGGGUGUAUGGAAGUGGGUCGAGACCUUAGGAACCUCCAUGCUCAUCCCAGUCCCGUCAACGGCUGCUGACUUGCAAAAGUACGUAGGUCACUCCUCUGUGAUGGUGCGGAAGGGCGGCGCAACCGCCGAAUUCGUGUAUGGAUUGGGUAUCAGCUCCUUACAACCAACGGAACAAGUAGACAAUAACGAAGAAACGCCAUUGCGGUUUGUCAGCGUCCAACUACAGCUCGCUAAUUCAAGCAAAAACCUAGACGUUGACAUCCACGCUUUCCUCUUCGAGGCCGACGGCACAUACGUUGACUGUGUAUUUUACAAGAACCCGACCCUUGCUGGCAAAAGUGUUCGACUUCUUCAGGAAGACCAGGAGCUCCUCGUAGACUUACGCUAUAUACCUCAAAGAUGCAGUUUCAUCGUCUGCACUUUGGCAAUCUACUCAGGUGGUACUGUAGCGCAGUUGGGUGAUGGCUCCGUACAGCUGGGCGCGUUAGUCCCUCGCGUAGGGCUAGAAGAGAACGCAAAUUUCCCGCAUCUUCCCUGCGGUCAGAUUCCUCCAAGCUCUUCCGAGUUCUACGAAUGGGUAUGCCUUGGAAUGCUGCCUUUGAGACCGAGGAGCAGCCUUGGCGAGGAAUGUGGUAUGAUGCUGUGCCUGCUUGCCCAUCAUGCCGGCUUCUGGUACUUCAAGCCUGUGUUGAAACCUGUCACAGCUUUCACCCCCCAGGGGCUUAUCGAGCCCGCACAGGAUUACGUUACGAAGCAAGUUGCGGGAUUGAAUGAAGAAAAACCGGGUAUGGAGCUUGGUUCUUUGAUUAAGGCAGCUCGAGCGGGUGCCCAUGUACAGUUUGAACUGGCAGAUACAGAAGAGUGUCUAACAGACGAGACCAAAGGGCACAUGCUGCUAGCGCAAGGCCAAGGCGAUGUGGCCGUAGGGAAGACAAAGACAACUAGCAAGCAGAUCGCUCCGACGCUGCAAACUACUGCCGACUCUUCACGUGGUAAAAUUCCACAUCAUGUUCAAGAACGUAGCAGACUUCUGGAUAACGAGACACCAGGCAACAUACGUGACUUCGAAAAUAAUCAGUUCAGAAAUAAGGAUGCCCAACCUCUGGAUAUGGAGCAGAGUGCUAACAACAGAGGUGGGAGAAGAGUUAAGGCGCAGGAGAAGGAAAUCCGUGGGGUCCCAAGGGGUCAGGAAUACAGUGGUGGUGUCGUGAAAGUACAAAAGGAUGGAAGGGUCCUCUACACCGAUGCUAGUGUGGAUGCAGUUUCAGACGAGGCCAAAGGCAUUGAACGCCCGGCCAAUCGUUUUUACAGGAUACCAGGAUCUGACAAUAAGCUGACAGGGGACCGUGUCGUCGAUGGAGUCUCGUCGCUCGUAUCUUAUCCUCCUGUUGAUGGCCACGGAGAGGCGCCUAACCAUGGAGUACAUGUAUCCGACGGGCGCGAUAUGGCAGGAAGGCAGGACUUGUGGAGAGAGUCUGUUGAACGGCGUCUAAGUGCAUUAGAGCGUUCUGUCGAAAGCAUCGAGUGCAACCUCCAGAGGAUUGCGGCAGCAACAUCCGAAAUGCAAAAGAACAACAAUCUUUAUCUUCAGGAACUGCGCGAGAGGUUUACAGAACUGAAGAGCGACGUCGCCUCAGACAUUGAAUCUGCCUUGUCGGGUCCCCUGGAAGCGCUCAGUUUGAGAGUGGAGGAAGUGAAGGACGGCGGAGGAGCUGAUGCAAAGCAAUUAGCAGAACAGCGGCAAAAGAUUUGGGCAGUAGACCGGAUGGUUCUUUUCCUCGAACGGAAUUGGCAUAUAUUAGCCCAGUCCAUAUCAGAACUCCGAUUUCAAAUUUCGGGACUGGAGCAACGCAUCGAAUACGCUGUACCUGCUUUUCGGGAAGCCACUCUGCCGCCAACAGACCAUGCAAAAGGACUCCCUUUGUCGCUGCAAUCAUCCACAUGUGUGAAAAGUGUCGGAGAUCAUCAUGAUGGGGAAGUGCUUGAGGCAGUACGGGUCACUCAAAAUAAUGAAACGACCGCUCAACAGAUCCAGGGGCAAAGCUCAUUUGCUUUCAAGGCUUUGGAGGAGUUGAGCCGCAUACAAAUCCACGUUGAGGCCUUUGGAGCUUGCAUGCGGCGGCUAGCAAGUGCUACUGCCCCUGAUGGUUUGAAGGGACUUAAUCCGGUUGAGCGCCGCGUUUUGUCCUUUGCGGGAACUCCCAAAGUAUUUGCUGCACUGCAGGACUUGGAAAGGGCUCUGGAAACCAUCAAUUUGUGCGGACCAGGAACUCCCGGAGCGAUGCUGUAUUAG